AUGGUGUUUCUCUCUCGCGCUGUCGUGCUUUUCACGGCGACAGUCGCAGCUUCUAGUGCAUUGGCGCAGUCUGAUACGACUCAGACCCAACAAACGGAAUCGGUUUCGCUUCUGGAGGCAUUCGAGAGUUGUAUGGACAACUCUACCACCAAUUACGGAAACGAUACCGUCACGGUCAACACCAAUUUGUUUGUACAAGAGUCCCCACUCUACGUGGACUACGCCACGGGUCCUAAAGCUCGUAUUGACCGCAAACCUCUUGGUGUGUACUUUGCAUCAUCCGAAGACGAUGUUGUGCGUGCGGUCACUUGUUCGGUAUUGUCGUCGAUGGACGGCUCGUUGAUUAUCGACAUGGCCGACAUGGUGGACGUAUCCCUUGUGUCGGAGAACCAGGACGAAGGUUCGGCUGUAGCUACGGUCCAGGCCGGUGCUCGUCUGGCUUGGAUCUACACGGAACUCGACCGUCUGGGAGGCUACAACUUCAAUGCCGGCACCUGUCCGAGCGUGGGCAUCGGUGGUCACAUUUCUGGCGGUGGAUACGGUAUGGUGAGCCGGCACUACGGUUUGGCUGCUGAUCAGACUACCGAGUUGCGCGUCGUGUUGUAUAACGGCACCGUGGUGACUGCGUCGUCCACGGAGAACAUGGACCUGUUCUGGGCUCUUCGCGGAGGCGGUGCCGGUUCGUUCGGCAUUGUCACGCUCUUCACUAUCAAAGCCUACAAGAUGCCCGAGGUGUCGGUUUUCAAUGUGCAGUUCAACGCCUCGGUGCGUGCUCAGGUACUGCGUUCGUGGAUGGACUACUUCCCCACAGCCGACUCAAAGAUCACUACGCAGCUUGUUGUCGACGGCGGAGGCGCGCGCAUGGUGGGUCAGUACCUCGGCCCCAAGUCGGAGUUGGACGCUCUACUUAACGCCUCGGGAGUGUUCAACCAUGGUGGUUUGAAGUCGCAAGAACGCCGCGAUAACUGCUCGCAGCUUGCGACGAAGGCGUACAUCUGGAAGGGCACGUGCGACGACCUGAGUUCGCUCAACGUCUCACACCACCUGACGUCGGCUGAUAAAGACUACAGCAAGAUCAAGGGCGGUUAUUCCAACACGGUGCUGAAUAAUGAGGGAGUCCAGACCGUGCUGGAGUGGGCUGACAGCCUACCGAACACCACGUGGGCCUAUAUCCAGUUCGAGGCGUACGGUGGUGUCUUCGCCACGCAGAAGAACGACAUGACGCCGUGGGCACACCGCGACGCCGUUUGGUCGGUUCAGAUUGGCGUGGGCGCUAACAAGGGCGAGUCCGAAGACUCUCCGUCCUACCAGUGGAUCCGCGGUAUUGCCGGCGCUCUGGAGAAAUACUUUGACGGCGGAAACUACCAGAACUACUGUGAUCUGGACCUGGGUGACGAUUUCGGUAAACGAUACUGGGGAGCGGACAACUUCGCCCGCCUGCGCCAGAUCAAGGCACAGUACGACCCACUGAACGUCUUCCACAGCGCUCAGUCCAUCCCUCUUCCUGCGAGCUCCUAGAAAUUCUAAUUUCGCAGGUAGUGAGUGACAUGUAAUGUUUCAAGUACAAAGCUAUCUUCUUACUU